UGGGACAUAUGUCUGUGAACUGUCCAUCUGAAAACACACCCCCUACAGGAUCACGUCGUACAUCCGGUAACCCAAACUGGAAACCUUCUCAGUGAGGAGUCGAGCUGUGAAGGAAGAGGACCAAGACUCAGCUGAAACCUUAUACCAGAAAAUCAACAGCGCCGCAGCCAAGUGUCCAGAAACUUAUAUAGAAAUUAACGGAGUGAAAGUGAAAUGUUUAUUAGACACUGGGGCUCAAGUUUCAACUAUUUCAGAACAUUUUUACAAGAAAUACUUACCUGCUUCAAAACUCAGUAAUACUUCAAAGAUCCUUAAACUUUCCGCAGCAAAUAAAUUACAGAUCCCAUAUCUUGGAUACACUGAAGUUUGUUUGCGAAUUCAAGAUACUAUGUAUACAAAUGUUGGAAUGAUUGUAGAGAGUGUGACUAACUGCAAUGACCCAAUUCAAGUUGUACUAGGAUGUAAUGUUCUUAGAAGCGUCCGAAAACAUGCGUUAGAAACAACUUCACCUGUAAUACAUGAUCCAGUGUGGGAUAAUGUGAUGUCAGUUCUAGACUUGGAGAAAGAAGUGAAACAAAUUGGAUUUGUGAAACUAGCAGGUCGUCAACCAGUUAACAUUCCUGCAAACUCGAUGAAAGUAGUAUUUGGUACAACAAGACGGAAUAAGUCCACUGCACCGUAUACCGCCAUAGUUCAAGCUAUAUCUUGUGAAAACGGAUCUUUGCCGAAGAAUAUAUUGAUGGUGGAUACUUUCGUUGAAAUGAAAGACGGGAUAGUACCUGUGAAACUGAUGAAUAUUGGAGAAGAAGAUGUGUGGUUAAGUCCAAAAAGCAGGAUAGGUGUGGUUCAUAGUGCAGAAUUACUCCAAUCAUCAGAGGAUGAAUAUAAAGUUGAAAUUAUUCCUGAUACAGAAUUUGUGAUACGACGGAUUAUAACACAAGAUGAACAAAAUCAGAGAACUACGUGUCAAGACAAAAUUUCAGCAUUUUCUGUGAAAUUAGAUGUAAAUGAUGUUGAAUUUUCUGAAAAACAACACCAAAAAUGGGAGUAUCUGUUACAGAAGCAUCAGGAUGUGUUUGUGUUCCGUGAUGAAGAUAUUGGUUAUUCAACAACAGUAACACAUUCUAUUAACCUUACUGAUGAUACACCAAUCAAGAUACCUCAUCGACGCAUUCCCCCAAAUCAAAUAGAAGAAGUGAGGCAACAUAUUCAGCAACUAUUAAAUCAAGGAAUAAUCAGGAAAAGUCAUAGUCCAUACGCAGCUCCAAUAGUUAUUGUGAAGAAGAAAGAUGGGAGUUUACGACUUUGUGUAGAUUAUCGUGCCUUAAAUGCUAAAACCAUCAAAGACGCUUACCCACUUCCCCGUAUUGAGGAGACUUUAGACCUGUUACAUGGAGCCAAAUAUUUCAGCACCAUUGAUCUAGCACAAGGAUAUCACCAAGUCGCUAUCGAUGAGAAAGAUAUACACAAAACAGCUUUUCGAGUUGGAUCUGGUGGCCUAUAUGAAUAUCUGCGCAUGCCCUUCGGACUUUGUAACAGCCCAGCGACGUUUCAACGCUUAAUGGAAGUGUGUUUACAUGAAGAAAACUUUGAUAUUCUUGUGUUAUACUUGGAUGAUAUUUUAGUGUUUUCUAAGACCAUAGAUGACCAUAUAGAGAGAUUAGACAUUGUGUUUUCAAAACUCAAACAUCAUGGACUGAAAUUAAAACCAUCCAAGUGCCAUUUCUUCAGGAGACAAGUAUGUUAUCUAGGCCAUAUUGUGUCCGAGCAUGGUGUGUCAACUGAUCCCGCAAAGACAGAAACAAUAUCUUCCUGGCCUAAACCAACAACAGAGCGACAGCUGCGUUCAUUUCUUGGUAUAGCAGGAUAUUACCGCCGCUUUGUUAAUGGAUUUGCAAAAAUUGCUGCACCAUUACAUGCACUGUUGUCAAAACCAAAGAAAACCAAAACAAAUAUGAAAACUGAGCAGUUUGUGUCAUUAUGGAACCAUGAUUGCGACAGAGCAUUUGAAGAAUUGAAAACCAAACUGACAUCUACUCCGGUGCUAGGAUACCCUGAUUUUUCCAAGGAAUUCGUGUUAGAAAUCGACGCCAGUUUGCAAGGUUUAGGAGCUGUCUUAUCCCAAGAACGCGACAAGAAAAAUGUGGUUAUUGCGUACGCAUCAAGAACUCUCAGACCCACAGAGAAAAAUAUGGACAAUUAUAGCUCCAUGAAAUUAGAACUUUUGGCUCUAAAAUGGUCUGUUACCGAAAAAUUUCGAGACUAUUUAUUAGGAUCCAAAUUUGUGAUUUUUACGGAUAAUAACCCAUUAAGUUAUUUGCAGACAGCGAAACUAGGAGCAACAGAGAUGAGGUGGGCCAGUCAACUCGCACAGUUUGAUUUUACCAUUAAAUACCGAUCAGGAAAAGUGAAUAAGAAUGCAGAUGCGUUAAGUCGAAGACCAACUUCAGUGGAAGAUCCUGAGACCAUUAUUCAACCAGUGACGAAUACUUCAGUGAUAUGUGAUAUAUUUUGUGAUAAAAAUUUGCAUUGUGUGAAAACGUGCUCUGUGCGUAUAGAACAAGCCGAAUCAUCCCCUGUGUUACCUGGAUUUAUUCCUGCAGAUAUGGCACCGUUACAAGAGCAUGACCCCGUUUUAAGUCGUGUGUUGUACUGGUUAAAACGGCCAAACCAAUUAACCAACAGUGUGAUUCGCAAGGAGAAGAAAGAUGUGAGAAAAUUAUUAAAUCAGAGAAAUAAGCUGUGUUUUGAAAAUUCUGUGUUAUUCAAAAAAUGUAUGGAUGAAACCGGUGAAAUCAAACAGAUUCUCCUUCCCAAAGUUCUUAAGGAUAAAGUGUUCGAGAGUGUUCAUGAUCACGCCGGACAUCAGGGUGUAGAAAGAACUCUAGCAUUGUUACGGAAAAGAUGUUUCUGGAUUCGAAUGGCUCAAGACGUAGAGAAGUGGUGCAAGAACUGUGAACGCUGCAUGAUCGCAAAAGCUCCCCUUCCCAGCAUCAAACCACCAAUUGGAAAUCUCAUUGCACAUCGUCCGAUGGAGAUACUAGCAAUGGACUACACUCUACUUGAGAAGUCAUCAGAUGGCCGGGAAAACGUUUUGGUGAUGACGGAUAUAUUCUCCAAAUUCACGCAGGCUAUACCAACUAGAGAUCAGAAAGCUGUGACCGUGGCCAAAGCGCUAGUGAAAGAAUGGUUUGUUCAUUAUGGAAUACCGCAUCGUAUACAUAGUGAUCAAGGACGAAAUUUCGAGAGCCAAAUUAUACAGGAACUGUGCAAGAUAUAUGGAAUACACAAGUCAAGAACAACGCCGUACCAUGCUGCUGGAAAUGGACAGUGCGAACGUUUUAACCGAACCAUGCAUGACAGAUUACGCACGCUUACUCCUGAACAGAAGAAGAGGUGGACCGAAUUCCUUCCAGAACUAGUGUAUGUGUAUAACUCAACGGUACAUUCAUCCACAGGAUAUUCACCCUACUUUUUAUUUUUUGGCCGUGAACCUACAUUACCGAUUGAUUUUAUUCUUGGAACCCAUACUGGAACAGAGGCGGACAUUUCUUCAGUAGACGAGUGGAUCUCUAAACACAGAAAAAGAUUAAGUGAAGCUAUACAUUCAGCAACUAUAAAUACUGAGAAGAAUGCUCAACGUAGGAGAGAAAUCCACAAUAAGAAUACCAAAGAAGCACCAGUUAAGAUUGGCACAAGAGUGUUAGUGAGGAAUCGUGUCUUAGGAAGAAACAAAAUACAGGACACAUGGUCAUCCGUACCUUAUAAGGUGAUUGCAAGACCUGGAGAAAACGUUUACUCAAUUCAGCUUGCAGAUGGAUCAGGACCAAUGCGAAAUGUUACAAGGACUGAACUUUUGGAUACUGGUGAAGAGGUUGGUGAGGAUAGUGAUAGUGACAGUGAUGUGAUUGUUGACCAGGCUAUGGACAUCACACCACAGCAAGAAACCCUUCCGAUAGGACAUGAGGGUGAAGAAGAUGAUACUGGUGGAAACAGGGAAGACGAAGUUCCCGAUGAAACAGAAGAAUCCCGACCGAGGCGUUCAGGACGUCAAACUGCAGGGAAACAUUCCAAUCCGUUUCAUUUACCAAAGAGUGUCCUUGCGUCGAAUCAAGAAGUGCGCGCUUCUCCGACAGAUGUGAAAGACUUUCGCGAACUAAGUGACGCCAUAGCUAAUUUGGGUGCAUCUUUAGGAUCGUCUUUAAGUGCAACAUUAAGCCAGUCAUGGGCCAAUAUUCGUGAACAAAAACAGUUUUCACAAGCCACAAUGGAGGAAGAGAUAAAGAAGUUACAGGAUCAGAUCAAGAAUCUAGAGGCUAAAGGAUCCCAAGUACCAGUUGUUUAUCUGAAAUCAGACCGCAAAUUUCCCAAGUUCGGAGGCCGACCUGUCAAAGACGGAGAUCCGGACGUCUACGAAUGGAUUUCCGAUAUGAGAGAACACAUUCAGUCCACUAAAUCGAAAGAUGAUUUCGUAGAUUUCAUCAUGGACCAUCUGACUGGAUCAGCGAAAUCAGAAGUCAAACUUCGACCUUUACAGGAGAGACAAACUGGAAAACAAAUACUGGAAAUUCUUGAGACCGUGUUUGAAAUCAAAGAAACAACUACCCAACUUCUUCAAAAUUUUUAUCAGCGAGACCAAAGACAGGAUGAAACGCUCGAAAAAUACUCUCUUGUGUUAACCGAGAUGGCUCAGAAAAUCAACAGAAAAGAAAAGAAAGAUCAAGUGAAUGACAUCAAGUUGACCGAACGAUUCAUUGAUGGCAUAGGAGAUCAAAGUACUAGACAAGAGCUAAGGAAAGUUGUGUUAGACUCUGGCAACAUUCCAUUCUUUGAAUUCAGAAUGAAGAUGCUACGCUGGAUAGAGGACAAUCCUAAUGUGGAUGCGAGCAUUAAGAAAACAAUGUGUUCUCCUACUCAAAGUACUGAACUAGAUGAACUGAAAACUUUGGUCAAGAAACAACAAGAAAUGUUAGAAUGGCAGCAAGAACAGAUUGACAGAUUAACAAAGAAAUCUGAUGAGAGACUCGAUAGACAAUCAUAUUAUCAACAAGAGAGAGGAAGAUCAAGACAACGAUUCGGCCCUAGAUUUAACAGAGGACAUAAUGGAAGACAGGGAAGUUUUACGAAACCCAAACUGGAAACCUUCUCAGUGAGGAGUCGAGCUGUGAAGGAAGAGGACCAAGACUCAGCUGAAACCUUAUACCAGAAAAUCAACAGCGCCGCAGCCAAGUGUCCAGAAACUUAUAUAGAAAUUAACGGAGUGAAAGUGAAAUGUUUAUUAGACACUGGGGCUCAAGUUUCAACUAUUUCAGAACAUUUUUACAAGAAAUACUUACCUGCUUCAAAACUCAGUAAUACUUCAAAGAUCCUUAAACUUUCCGCAGCAAAUAAAUUACAGAUCCCAUAUCUUGGAUACACUGAAGUUUGUUUGCGAAUUCAAGAUACUAUGUAUACAAAUGUUGGAAUGAUUGUAGAGAGUGUGACUAACUGCAAUGACCCAAUUCAAGUUGUACUAGGAUGUAAUGUUCUUAGAAGCGUCCGAAAACAUGCGUUAGAAACAACUUCACCUGUAAUACAUGAUCCAGUGUGGGAUAAUGUGAUGUCAGUUCUAGACUUGGAGAAAGAAGUGAAACAAAUUGGAUUUGUGAAACUAGCAGGUCGUCAACCAGUUAACAUUCCUGCAAACUCGAUGAAAGUAGUAUUUGGUACAACAAGACGGAAUAAGUCCACUGCACCGUAUACCGCCAUAGUUCAAGCUAUAUCUUGUGAAAACGGAUCUUUGCCGAAGAAUAUAUUGAUGGUGGAUACUUUCGUUGAAAUGAAAGACGGGAUAGUACCUGUGAAACUGAUGAAUAUUGGAGAAGAAGAUGUGUGGUUAAGUCCAAAAAGCAGGAUAGGUGUGGUUCAUAGUGCAGAAUUACUCCAAUCAUCAGAGGAUGAAUAUAAAGUUGAAAUUAUUCCUGAUACAGAAUUUGUGAUACGACGGAUUAUAACACAAGAUGAACAAAAUCAGAGAACUACGUGUCAAGACAAAAUUUCAGCAUUUUCUGUGAAAUUAGAUGUAAAUGAUGUUGAAUUUUCUGAAAAACAACACCAAAAAUGGGAGUAUCUGUUACAGAAGCAUCAGGAUGUGUUUGUGUUCCGUGAUGAAGAUAUUGGUUAUUCAACAACAGUAACACAUUCUAUUAACCUUACUGAUGAUACACCAAUCAAGAUACCUCAUCGACGCAUUCCCCCAAAUCAAAUAGAAGAAGUGAGGCAACAUAUUCAGCAACUAUUAAAUCAAGGAAUAAUCAGGAAAAGUCAUAGUCCAUACGCAGCUCCAAUAGUUAUUGUGAAGAAGAAAGAUGGGAGUUUACGACUUUGUGUAGAUUAUCGUGCCUUAAAUGCUAAAACCAUCAAAGACGCUUACCCACUUCCCCGUAUUGAGGAGACUUUAGACCUGUUACAUGGAGCCAAAUAUUUCAGCACCAUUGAUCUAGCACAAGGAUAUCACCAAGUCGCUAUCGAUGAGAAAGAUAUACACAAAACAGCUUUUCGAGUUGGAUCUGGUGGCCUAUAUGAAUAUCUGCGCAUGCCCUUCGGACUUUGUAACAGCCCAGCGACGUUUCAACGCUUAAUGGAAGUGUGUUUACAUGAAGAAAACUUUGAUAUUCUUGUGUUAUACUUGGAUGAUAUUUUAGUGUUUUCUAAGACCAUAGAUGACCAUAUAGAGAGAUUAGACAUUGUGUUUUCAAAACUCAAACAUCAUGGACUGAAAUUAAAACCAUCCAAGUGCCAUUUCUUCAGGAGACAAGUAUGUUAUCUAGGCCAUAUUGUGUCCGAGCAUGGUGUGUCAACUGAUCCCGCAAAGACAGAAACAAUAUCUUCCUGGCCUAAACCAACAACAGAGCGACAGCUGCGUUCAUUUCUUGGUAUAGCAGGAUAUUACCGCCGCUUUGUUAAUGGAUUUGCAAAAAUUGCUGCACCAUUACAUGCACUGUUGUCAAAACCAAAGAAAACCAAAACAAAUAUGAAAACUGAGCAGUUUGUGUCAUUAUGGAACCAUGAUUGCGACAGAGCAUUUGAAGAAUUGAAAACCAAACUGACAUCUACUCCGGUGCUAGGAUACCCUGAUUUUUCCAAGGAAUUCGUGUUAGAAAUCGACGCCAGUUUGCAAGGUUUAGGAGCUGUCUUAUCCCAAGAACGCGACAAGAAAAAUGUGGUUAUUGCGUACGCAUCAAGAACUCUCAGACCCACAGAGAAAAAUAUGGACAAUUAUAGCUCCAUGAAAUUAGAACUUUUGGCUCUAAAAUGGUCUGUUACCGAAAAAUUUCGAGACUAUUUAUUAGGAUCCAAAUUUGUGAUUUUUACGGAUAAUAACCCAUUAAGUUAUUUGCAGACAGCGAAACUAGGAGCAACAGAGAUGAGGUGGGCCAGUCAACUCGCACAGUUUGAUUUUACCAUUAAAUACCGAUCAGGAAAAGUGAAUAAGAAUGCAGAUGCGUUAAGUCGAAGACCAACUUCAGUGGAAGAUCCUGAGACCAUUAUUCAACCAGUGACGAAUACUUCAGUGAUAUGUGAUAUAUUUUGUGAUAAAAAUUUGCAUUGUGUGAAAACGUGCUCUGUGCGUAUAGAACAAGCCGAAUCAUCCCCUGUGUUACCUGGAUUUAUUCCUGCAGAUAUGGCACCGUUACAAGAGCAUGACCCCGUUUUAAGUCGUGUGUUGUACUGGUUAAAACGGCCAAACCAAUUAACCAACAGUGUGAUUCGCAAGGAGAAGAAAGAUGUGAGAAAAUUAUUAAAUCAGAGAAAUAAGCUGUGUUUUGAAAAUUCUGUGUUAUUCAAAAAAUGUAUGGAUGAAACCGGUGAAAUCAAACAGAUUCUCCUUCCCCAAGUUCUUAAGGAUAAAGUGUUCGAGAGUGUUCAUGAUCACGCCGGACAUCAGGGUGUAGAAAGAACUCUAGCAUUGUUACGGAAAAGAUGUUUCUGGAUUCGAAUGGCUCAAGACGUAGAGAAGUGGUGCAAGAACUGUGAACGCUGCAUGAUCGCAAAAGCUCCCCUUCCCAGCAUCAAACCACCAAUUGGAAAUCUCAUUGCACAUCGUCCGAUGGAAAUACUAGCAAUGGACUACACUCUACUUGAGAAGUCAUCAGAUGGCCGGGAAAACGUUUUGGUGAUGACGGAUAUAUUCUCCAAAUUCACGCAGGCUAUACCAACUAGAGAUCAGAAAGCUGUGACCGUGGCCAAAGCGCUAGUGAAAGAAUGGUUUGUUCAUUAUGGAAUACCGCAUCGUAUACAUAGUGAUCAAGGACGAAAUUUCGAGAGCCAAAUUAUACAGGAACUGUGCAAGAUAUAUGGAAUACACAAGUCAAGAACAACGCCGUACCAUGCUGCUGGAAAUGGACAGUGCGAACGUUUUAACCGAACCAUGCAUGACAGAUUACGCACGCUUACUCCUGAACAGAAGAAGAGGUGGACCGAAUUCCUUCCAGAACUAGUGUAUGUGUAUAACUCAACGGUACAUUCAUCCACAGGAUAUUCACCCUACUUUUUAUUUUUUGGCCGUGAACCUACAUUACCGAUUGAUUUUAUUCUUGGAACCCAUACUGGAACAGAGGCGGACAUUUCUUCAGUAGACGAGUGGAUCUCUAAACACAGAAAAAGAUUAAGUGAAGCUAUACAUUCAGCAACUAUAAAUACUGAGAAGAAUGCUCAACGUAGGAGAGAAAUCCACAAUAAGAAUACCAAAGAAGCACCAGUUAAGAUUGGCACAAGAGUGUUAGUGAGGAAUCGUGUCUUAGGAAGAAACAAAAUACAGGACACAUGGUCAUCCGUACCUUAUAAGGUGAUUGCAAGACCUGGAGAAAACGUUUACUCAAUUCAGCUUGCAGAUGGAUCAGGACCAAUGCGAAAUGUUACAAGGACUGAACUUUUGGAUACUGGUGAAGAGGUUGGUGAGGAUAGUGAUAGUGACAGUGAUGUGAUUGUUGACCAGGCUAUGGACAUCACACCACAGCAAGAAACCCUUCCGAUAGGACAUGAGGGUGAAGAAGAUGAUACUGGUGGAAACAGGGAAGACGAAGUUCCCGAUGAAACAGAAGAAUCCCGACCGAGGCGUUCAGGACGUCAAACUGCAGGGAAACAUUCCAAUCCGUUUCAUUUACCAAAGAGUGUCCUUGCGUCGAAUCAAGAAGCG